CGCUCAACCCAGCGUCCACAACUCUCUCUCUCUCUCUCUCUGUGUCCACGAUCAUGCACUGAACUCCUACAGAGCUGAUCAGGAGUCGAAACGGAGCUGUGUUUGCUGGAUGCACGGAUGCCUCCACAGUCGUGAUUUACUCUGAAAAAACGGAAUACUGAGCCUCGAAUCCGGACUAAGUUUUGCAUCUGAGAGCGCCGGUGUGCCAUGAAUCUGGAGCGCAGUGAAAGAGGGGAGCGUCCCUCUGCUCGUGGCCCUGAGAUGGAGCCCCGUGCCGGGGGGAAGAUGGGGAAGAUUUCAGUGGGCUUCCAGAGGAGCUCCACGUCCGAUGACGACUCUGGGUGUGCGCUGGAGGAGUACGCAUGGGUGCCACCAGGACUCAGGCCUGAGCAGGUGCAGAUGUAUUUCUCCUGUCUACCAGAGGACAAGGUGCCGUACGUGAACAGCCCCGGAGAGAAGUACAGGAUUCGACAGCUCCUUUAUCAGCUGCCGCCGCAUGACAACGAGUUGCGUUACUGCCACUCUCUCAGCGAAGAGGAAAAGAGGGAGCUCCUUAUGUUCAGCGCCCAGAGGAAGAGAGAGGCACUUGGGAGAGGAACACCCAAGAUCUUGCCCCGAGCUCUGCAGCACACACGCUGUGAAAAUUGUGCCGGGGGAAUCAACGGAGGAGAGAUGGCAAUCUUUGCCUCCAGAGCAGGGCCGAGCCCCUGCUGGCACCCAGCAUGCUUUGUGUGCGUCACGUGUCAAGAGCUUCUGGUGGAUCUGAUCUAUUUCUUCCAAAAUGGCAAGAUCCUCUGUGGACGACACCAUGCUGAGCUUCUCAAACCUCGAUGCUCUUCUUGUGAUGAGAUCAUUUUUGCAGAUGAGUGCACGGAAGCUGAGGGUCGCCACUGGCACAUGAAGCACUUUGCCUGUUUCGAGUGUGAAACGAUGCUUGGUGGGCAACGCUACAUCAUGAAAGAUGGACGGCCAUACUGCUGUGGAUGCUUUGAGUCGCUGUAUGCAGAGUAUUGCGAGGCCUGUGGCGAAAACAUUGGUGUAGACCAUGCCCAGAUGACCUACGAAGGUGUACACUGGCAUGCCACUGACCAGUGCUUCUGCUGUGCCCAGUGCAAGACAUCAUUGCUUGGCUGCCCCUUCCUACCAAAGCAGGGUCGCAUCUAUUGCUCAAAGGCCUGCAGCCAGGGGGAAGACAUCCAUGCAUCAGACUCGUCUGAUUCUGCCUUCCAGUCUGCCCGUUCCCGUGAGUCUCGCCGCAGCGUUCGCAUGGGGAAGAGUAGCAGGCCUUCUGAGCAGUGGAGACAGUCGCAGGUGCUCAACCCUCCUCCCACAGUUCCCUCUCUUGAGUACAAGUUUGCAGAUGGAGAGGCUGAUGGGCAUGCUGAUUGUGAUAUUGGAAUUAUUGGGCGCAAGCUGGCCCACCUAGGAUUGAAAGAGGAGAGGUUCUGGAGGGAUCAUGAGGAGCAGGAUGCUUGUGGAGAGGAGGAUCCAGAGGAGUGGGCCCAGCAUGAUGACUACAUGACCCAGCUCUUGCUCAAGUUUGGUGAUCCAGGAAUGUUGCACCAAAUUCAGCAGCCGAUACUUAAAUCUCCCAGCCCUAGCAGUGAUAAAAACAGGAAAAUGAGUGUCUCUGAUCCCUGGCUAAGGCCUGAUUCUGCAUCCACAAGGGUAACAGCCUCCUCUCCCACCCCUGCCAGUCCUACUCAGAGCCAGACGUCAUGUCAGUCUCAUGCCAACAGCCUUAGCCCUGGACUGAUGAGCAAGAAAAACCUGCCUGAAAUGUACUGGGCGCAAUCGCAAGACGGUAUGGGAGACUCUGCCUACGGGAGUCAUCCAGGUCCUGCAAGUGCAAGAAAGAUUCAAGAGCUGGAGUUAGACCAGGAUCAGGACCAAUCUGGGACAGGACGGCAGGCUUUUUGGCAAGACAACAGGCAGUGGUACGAUGACUCUCUGGAGUGCAUUGCUGAUGAGCUGAGAAAAGUUGGACAGGGUGCUGGAGACUCCAUGGACUCCCUGGCACUCUCAAACAUCACUGGCGCAUCAGUGGAUGGAGAUGGCAGGGACAGGCCUAUAGUCUACACCCUUGCCAUGCGCGAUCCCUCAAUGCCAGAUGACUGUGAGAAGAUGAGCAACAUGGGAACCUUUAAUUCAUCUCAUCUUCACCACAGUGCCAACUCUUUAAACCUUAACUUGGACAAGGGAGACGAGGAGGGAGUGGCCCUUGCAAUUAGGGCCGGCACACCAGGUGGACUAAUCCCCUUGUCUCCACAGUCAGAAGGUAUCCCUUCCUCCUUUGUCCAUGCUCCAGCUCUGAGAAGGAGCAAGUCUCAGUCAAGGCCUCCUCAGAUGGUCAAGUUCUCAGAAGAUACUGUGGAUAAUGGAUACAAUGAUGGGUUUGAUGUCAAUAUAAGAAGACAUCCAAUGAGUGAAAGGCCUCAGCGGAGGGUAUACUGCCCAGAUGAAAUGGGCAGAGAGAGAGGCCGCCCAGCAAGCCACCAUGGGCGUACCAGGCAGCACCACCACCAACAUCAUGGCCAAGGCCGGCACCACAAGAGCCGCAAAACCAGAUCAGACAACAACCUUCACAUGGUGCCUUUGGACAAAGUACAGAGGCCCUAUGAGCACCAACAGCAAGGUCUAGGAAACCCUCUUCAUAGCCCAAUGCUCCUACAGCAUCCUGCACACAGGAUGCCAAUGGCUUACAGCCAAUCAAGGCCUGACUUUAUGCCUCAGGGUUCAGCUCAAGGAGACCCACGGGUUAAACAUUUCAUGGAUCUUUACAGGGAUGAUGAUGACUGUUGCUCCACUUGCUCUUCUUCAUCAUCGGACUCUGAGGAAGAGGGCUAUUUUCUGGGUCAGCCGAUCCCUCAACCUCGAGCAGUUGGGCGCUACUACGCUGAGGACUACCCAACAAGGGUUACAGCGCUAUCUUCACAGUUCCAUGGCUCACAGACAGGUCGCAGAAAGGGCCAUCGCUCCAAAAACUGUAUCAUUUCUUAACAGAGUGGAUUUACAUUAUAAUCUGCACUACAGGAAGCAAUAGUGAGAUUUUGUUUUUGAUGGACAUUUUGCAGUUAAAUCUUAGUUUGAAAUGGAUGUUUGUAACAACCCAUGUCAGCGAUAUGAGUAUUUCACCCCAACAGACAUUUCGUAGACAAAUGCCAAAAAGCAUAUCAUCUAGGCCCACAAAAACCAGAUAAAUACCAAACUGACAGGAAAGCAUAAUAGCGUUUCUAAGUCAGAAAUACUGGGUCUUGUUAACUUAAGCACUACAAGAUUGCGUGUACUGAAAGUAUUGAAAGAUUUGGUUUUACUGUCUCUUCAAGUUCCGCUUUUUCCAUUAUGUCUUUUUUAAAAUGUGCUUUCAGUUAAACCUUUUGGAGCAAUAUCUUUGUGUGCAUAAAAUGAAAACAAAAUGUACACAGAGCUUGAUAAAGUAGGACAUAGAAAAGAACCAAAUAAUUAUUUAAUGCAUAAUAGUAAGAAAUGAUAAUGUAUAUACUAAGUUAAGAUUUUCAUACUGGUAUUUUUGUAUCUGUGGUUUAAGAAUUGUUUUUGAAGUGUAUAGAAAAAUAGCAACUGUUGGUAACCAAAUAGACCUCUUAAAUACGUAUUGAGGAACAACACAGAUGGUGCCGCUUCAUUAACUGUGUUGUUCACAGCAAAGUGCCAUGUUACUUGGUAACAGUGUCUAUUGUAACAUACCGUAUAUUCUGAAAUGCAAAACAAGUUGCAUCAACACACCAUAUUCAGCUGAACUGCUCACUACCCUUACUCUGACAUAACCAGCUAAAUGCUUUGUGAUGUAAAGAUGCUUGUAAUAAAUACUUUUUCCCCCUCA